AUGUUCGAGGAGAUGGCCGCCGAUUCCAGCAUGGGCAUGGGGAUGGGCUUCCACCAGGGGGCCUCCUCCUUGCACCACCACCGCCAUAACAUGCUCUCCUUCCAAUCCAAUCCCGAUUCCGCCCCCGCCCCCGCCCCCGCGCCCCCUGCCCCUCCCGUCUUCCUCCCCUCCCCCAACGCUCCCGUGCUCCAGGGGGCGCCGCCCAAGUACAAGUUCGUCACCGGCUCACCCUCCGACUGGACCCCCUAUGAGCUCUCCAUAUUCCAAGAGGGCCUCACCAGGUAUGCUCGUGAGCCCACCAUUAUGAAAUACAUCAAGAUUGCUGCUAUGCUGCCCACUAAGACCAUCAGGGACGUCGCGUUAAGAUGCCGAUGGACUGCUGGAAAGGAGAGUAGGAGGAGGAAACCUGAUGAAUUCUAUGCUGGGAAAAGGAUAAGGGACUUGAAGGAGAAAAUGGUUGUUUCUACCUCACUAGCCAAUUUUCAGAUGGCACCUCCAAAUAAUCUAGUCCCCUUCUCGAUGUCGAUGCAUCAUCCAGGUCAGAAUAGCCUGGCUACAAAUGAAGUCCUCGUUUUAGAUAAUGCAACUCAGCAUCUUCUGGAGGAAAAUAACCAGUUACUCAAUCAGAUCUCUGCAAAUAUUGAAACUUUCAAGCUGGGGGAGAACAUGGAUCUCUUUCUACGCACGAAUAACAAUAUUCAAACAAUUUUGAAAAGAAUGAGUGAGACGCCUGGUGUCAUGGGUCAGAUGCGUCCCUUGCCAGAACCUGUAAAUGAAGGCCAACUAAAUUCACUUCUUCAACUGGAUAGAGUGGGCCCCAGAGAGAGAUUCCAGGGAAUGCUGGGCUGGUUACCGCUGGAAAGAAAUCGUUAG